CCCUACUUACAUCCAAGUGAAGAACAAAAUAUAAGGAAUCGCCAAAAUGUCCCGCUUCGACCCCCACUUCACCGACAAGGUCAUCGCCAGCAUGGGGCCCAAAACGACCCCGCGCUUCCGGCAACUGAUGACCGGUCUGAUCCGACACGUCCACGACUUUGCGCGCGAGAACGAACUCACCGUGGAUGAAUGGAUGGCCGGCGUGAAGCUCCUCAACUGGGCCGGUCAAAUGAGCGACGAUAAGCGCAACGAGGGACAACUCGUUUGCGAUGUGAUUGGACUUGAAUCCCUAGUCGACGAAAUAACAUACACCCUCGCCUCCGAAGCCACCGACGCCCCCACCGCAACCGCCAUCCUGGGCCCGUUCUUCCGCGCCGACACCCCCUACCGCCCCAACGGCGCCAACAUCGUCCUCACCCCGCCGACACCCAUCCCGGGCGAAAUGGCCUACAUGCACGGCCGCGUGCUGGACUUCGAGACCAAGCAGCCGCUGGUCGGCGCCACCGUGGAGGUCUGGCAGGCGAGCACGAAUGGGUUGUAUGAGCAGCAGGAUCCGGACCAGGAGGAGUUUAAUCUCCGGGGGAAGUUUCGCACCGAUCAGGAGGGCAGGUAUGCGUUUUAUUGUCUGAGGCCGACGCCGUAUCCGGUGCCGGAUGAUGGACCCGCGGGUAAACUCCUCAAACUCAUGGAUAGACAUCCGUUCCGGCCGGCGCAUAUUCAUAUUAUUGCCACCUACGAAAACUACAAACCCCUCACGACGCAAAUCUUCGAUUCCAAGGAUCAGUACCUGACGAAUGACUCCGUGUUUGCCGUCAAGGACUCACUUAUUGUGGAUUUCGUGCCCCGUAAGGAUGAUCCUCAAGCUGGUCUUGAGUUGCAGUAUGAUGUCAAACUGGUGAAGGCGCCGGCGCCGGCGCCGGCGCAGACACUGGCGUAGGGAGGGGUGAUUUGGGUGUGGUAUGGUGGUGGUGGGGGUCGGUUUGGCUUUUGUAUUGUAUGUAUGUUGUGAAGCGAAUUAUGCAUUUUAUUCAUUGCAUGGGCUUUGUUGGGUUUGGUAGGGGGAGGGGGAAAGGUGAUCAUAGGCUGUAAG